GUGUGAGCCACUGCGCCUGGCAUAGAAAAUUAUAAAUGAGCUACUUUUCAUUUUUUCUUUCUCACCAGGUCUUGUCAACCCAGUGUGUAUUUGACCCCUAAAGCAUAUGUCUGUUUGGACACCGUAUCUUCAGUGGCUAGAGUGACAUGGAAUCCUACCAAAACAAGAAAGUUGUGUGUAAUAGGGGGGAAAAAAACACCUUUUUUAUGUUCAGUUUUUAAAUUUAAAUUUAGAAUUUAGAACCAUCCACUCCAGCCUCUGAGCUCCACAUCAGGCACCAGGAGAGGUGGCGCGGUUUCCUUCCUCCUCCUCCAGCAGUGGCAUCUUGGCCUCUCCUGAAGAUUCCACUUUCUCGGGGUCCCCAAACCCAGUGCUCACGCCCAGGGUGCCUUAGGCCCUCCCCUGGCUCCCUCAGGGCUCCCAGACCAGUCCCCUGCUGGUCAUCUCUAGGACAAGCAGAGCCCUUUGCUCAAAUUCCAGCUCUGCUGUGCUUUACUGUGAGUGGCUUGGUCUCAGUCUUGUCAUCUGUAAUAUGGGAAUAAUAAUAGUUCUCCUAUCAGGGCUUGUGCCCAUGCCCUUUGGAGAGUGGGCUGUUGUGCUCAGUGACCCUGUCUCUGAUCUCCUCUCUCCCCAGCUACGCUGACCCAUGGAUCCACUGGGCCCGGCCAAGUGCCAGUGGCCGUGGCGCCCCUGUCUGGCGGGGCUGCUGUUGCAGCUACUUGUGGCAGUUUGCUUCUUCUCCUACCAGCGUGUGUCUCAAGAUGGUCCUACUGGGUCCCACAGGCCAGGGUCCAUUGCAUUGGAAUCUGUCACCUCGGAUUCCACUAGGUCAACAGGGACAAUGCCCACCAAUGGGUCCCGCUGCCAGGCCACCUCGGGGUCCCCUGCCCGCCCACCCCUCCUCAUCCUGCUGUGGACGUGGCCUUUCAACCGUCCUGUGUCUCUGUCUCGCUGCUCAGAGAUGGUGCGCGGCACGGCUGACUGUCACCUGACUGCCGACCGCAGCGUGUACCCACGGGCGGAUGGGGUCAUCGUGCAUCACUGGGAUGUCGUGUACAAACCAAAGGCGCAGCUCCCGCCGUCCCCGGGGCCAUCAGGGCAGCGCCGGGUCUGGCUUUACAUGGAGCCUCCACUCAACACCUGGAACCUAGCCAUGGACGGACUCUUCAACCUGACCAUGUCCUACCGCAGUGACUCUGACAUCUUCAUGCCCUACGGCUGGCUCGAGCCGUGGCCCGGCCAGCCUGCCCAUGCCAUGGUCAACCUCUCGGCCAAGACCAAGCUGGUGGCCUGGGUGGUGUCCAACUGGAGGCCGGACUCGGCCAGGGUGCGGUACUACCAGGAGCUGCAGAUGCAUCUCAAGGUGGACGUGUACGGCAGAAACCACAAGCCACUGCCCAGCAACACCAUGAUGCAGCAGCUGGCCCGGUACAAGUUCUACCUGGCCUUCGAGAACUCCCAGCACCAGGACUACAUCACGGAGAAGCUGUGGAAGAAUGCCAUGAACGCCUGGGCCGUGCCUGUGGUGCUGGGCCCCAGCCGGGACAACUACGAGCGCUUCCUGCCCCCCGACGCCUUCAUCCACGUGGACGACUUCCAGAGCCCCCGCGACCUGGCCCGCUACCUGCAGGAGCUGGACAAGGACCAGGCACGGUACCUCGGCUACUUCCGCUGGCGGGAGGCGCUGCAGCCGCGAGCCUUCAGCUGGGCGCUGGCUUUCUGCAAGGCCUGCUGGCGGCUGCAGCAGGAGUCCAGGUACCAGACGGUGCCCAGCCUGGCCUCCUGGUUCACGUGAAGGGACCUCCCCGGCUGGGGCCUCCCUGGCUGGGGCUGCACCCACCUGGGGCCUCAGCUGCCUGGGUCAUCACCUGUCAAGAGACACACUUACCUGGGGCCUCACCUGCCUGGGUCAUAACCUAUCCAGGGCUACACCUACCUGAAGCCUCACCUGCCUGGGUCAUCACCUGUCUGGGGCCACACCUACCUGGGUACUAGGCUACCGAGACUCACCUGUUGAGGGCUUCCCCUGCUUGGAGACUUAGCUGCCUUAGGACUCACCUGCUGGGUCCUUGGUUGCUGGAGAUGUCACCUACCUGGGACUCCACACGCUGGGCAUCACUGCUCCCAGGAACUUCAGCGCUGGGACAUUUUACCUGCCGAACAUUUGCCUGCUGUGGUCCUUGACUGCUGGAGACCCCCCCUGCUGGGGACCUCAGCUCUUGGGGACUUUAUCUGCUGGGGACCCAGCAUCAGAGACCUUGCCCGUGGGAUGUUACCUGCCAGGAGUCUCACCUGCCUGGGGACCUCACUCACCGAGGCACUCGGCCCCUGGAGAACUGGCUCCCUGGGGUCCCACCCAGGGCGAUGGUUCCGGCUGACCCACCUGCUUGUGAUCAUUGCUGCUGUUGGUAACAGCCUGUGACGUGUGCACACAGACAGUGUUGUGACCAAUUUCCAGAAAGGAAUGCUUGGAGUAAAACCGAUGUGUCCCCCCUUACUUUAGAAAAGUGGUUGUCACCCCAGGGCUGUUCUG